AAGCCAAGAGAAAGUUUGUCUCUGAAUUAUUGCAUUCCCAUCAGAAAUUCAUGCUCUUGUCUAAUUUCGUCUUGUCUUCUCAUGUUAGGACAUGGAAUCUUUUGGAAACUCGUGAAAAUUAUAUCUACUUAUGGAACUACAUAUUCAGUAGAAAAAUCUGAUAGAGGAUUAUUAUGUUUUCCAUGAACAUUUCGAGAGAUUUCACUGACUGCUCUGAGUUUGGAAAUAGGUUCUGUUCUGACAGCUCUAGGUCACCAAGCGUACGAGGAGUAUUGUAUUUCUCCAUAACUGUAGCCCUCCUUCUCACCAUCUCAGGGAACAUGGCCAUAAUUUUUUCCAUCUUGUAUUUCAAACAGCUUCAUUCCCCAACCAAUUUUCUCAUCUUAUCCAUGGCUGUCACAGAUUUCCUGUUGGGCUUUGCCGUUAUGCCCUACAGCAUGGUGAGGACCGUGGAGAACUGCUGGUAUUUUGGGAUGACGUUCUGCAAAAUUCAUUACAGUUUUGACCUGAUGCUCUGCUUAGUUUCCAUUUUCCAUCUUUGUUCCAUUGCAGUGGAUCGUUUUUAUGCAAUCUGCCACCCCCUACAUUAUUCCAGCACAAUGACCUUGGCUGCCAUAAAACAAAUAACAGUAGUGUGUUGGUCAGUGCCAGCUGCAUUUGCUUUUGGUGUUGUUUUCUCAGAAGCUUAUGCUUCUGGAAUUGAGGGCUAUGAAAGUUUGAUCAAAUGCUCAAGCUUGUGCCCUAUUGUGUUCAACAAAGCUUGGGGGAUUGUUUUAUUUACAGUUGGCCUAUUUGCUCCUGCUUGUAUUAUGUUAGGGAUCUACAUUAAAAUUUUUGUAGUCUCCCAAAAGCACAUACGUGUGUUGAGCCAGACACACAAGCACAGAAAAAGUGAUAUGAAAAAUGAACUUUCUAAGAGUAAAGACAAGAAAGCUGCCAAGACUUUGAGUGUAGUAAUGUUGGCUUUCUUAAUAUGCUGGUUUCCUUGCUUUUCUGCAAUCCUACUUGAUCCAUUUUUAAAUUUCUCUAUUCCUUCACCUUUGUUUGAUGCUCUAAACUGGUUUGGUUACUUAAAUUCUACCUGUAAUCCAUUAAUAUAUGGCUUUUUCUACCCAUGGUUUCGAAAAGCAUUUAGAUAUAUUGUAACAGGCAAAAUAUUCAACUCCCAACUUCGUACAACAAAACUUUUAUCUGAAGAUUAGUCAUAGUAGUAUGUUGUAGAUUCUACAACUGACACCAGCUCUACAGGUGAAGAUUAAACUAUGGAUUACUUGGUAUUCGUAAUUCAGUAAAUAAUCUGAAAUGUACAGUAUGAAUUCACAAUCCAGUACUGUAGAAUUAUCAAAUAUUCCCUUAAUAAAAUCAGACACAAUAUUUUAGUA